AUGUCCGCCGUGAAACCUGUCUCCUCCUUCAGGCUCGCCUCUCUCCUCCGCCGUGAGAAAGAUCCUUCCACCGCCAUUAAGCUUUUCCGGAACCCUGAUCCAGUAUCAACGAACCCUAGUAGACCAUUCAGAUACUCGCUUCUUUGCUACGAUAUCAUCAUCACGAAACUUGGUCGAUCCAAGAUGUUUGACGAGCUAGAUCAGGUCCUCCUCCAGCUCAAGUCCGAUACUCGGAUCGUUCCGACGGAGAUUCUGUUCUGCAACGUCAUCAGUUAUUUCGGCCACGGGAGAUUACCCAGCCGUGCGCUCCACGUGUUCGACGAAAUGCCUCAGUAUCGCUGCAAACCCACUGUGAAAUCUGUGAACUCUCUGUUGAAUGCGCUCUUAAAGUGUGGAGAUUUCGACAAAAUGAAGGAAAUUCUUUCGAAGAUUGAUAAGUUUGGUGAUCCAGAUGCUUGUACUUACAAUAUAUUGAUCCAUGGAUGUUCUCUGAGCGGGCGUUUCGAUGAUGCCUUGAUGCUAUUCGAUGAAAUGGUUAAGAGAAAAGUGAAGCCCACUAGUGUGACCUUUGGGACGCUGAUUCAUGGGUUUUGCAAGAAUUCGAUGGUGAAGGAAGCGUUGAAGAUGAAGCACGAUAUGUUGAAAGUGUAUGGAGUUUCUCCCACGGCUCACAUUUACGCAUCGUUGGUUAAAGCGCUAUGUCAGAUUGGUGAAUUGAGUUUGGCGUUUAAGCUAAAGGAUGAGGCGUACGAAGGAAAGAUCAAUGUAGACUCAGCUAUCUUCUCUACGUUGAUUAGCUCGCUUAUAAAAGCUGCAAGGUCAGACGAAGUCUCGGGGAUCUUGGAGGAAAUGAGAGCAAAAGGAUGCAAACCCGACACGGUGACUUACAAUGUACUGAUUAACGGGUUCUGUGUUGAGAAUGAUUUCGAAUCAGCUUAUCGAGUUUUGGAUGAAAUGGUUGAAGAGGGUUUGAAACCAGAUGUUAUAAGCUACAACAUGAUACUUGGUGCCUUGUUCAGAAUCCAAAACUGGAAAGAAGCAACUUACUUGUUUGAAGAUAUGCCCAGAAGAGGUUGCGUCCCUGAUAUCUUGUCUUAUAGAAUAGUUUUCGAUGGGCUCUCCGAAGCUUUACAAUUCGAAGAAGCAGAGGUUAUCUUGGAAGAAAUGCUUUUCAAAGGCUACAAGCCUCGCAGGGAUAGGCUAGAAAGAUUUCUGCAAAGGCUUUGUGAGAGUGGAAAGCUGGAGAUUCUCGGUAAAGUUAUCCGUAGCUUGCAUAGAGGGAAUGUUGUUGAUGCAGAUGUCUGGUCGGUUAUAAUGUCUACAGUGAGCAAAGAACCUGUGAUAUCGGAUUCGAUUGAUUUGGUGUUAAACACAUUGAAGGAAGAGGGUCCUUUAUCAACAAUGCCGCAAUGCUAGGUCACUUGUCGUGCAAGUUAAUGUUGCUGUGAACCUUGUUGGGUGGGCAUUGGGCAGGAUGGAUUAUCUGCAGACAAACUUGAGUAAAUUCUGCAUUAUUGAUUUAGAGGUUGAAGAUUCAGUGAUAUCCUUAAAGGUGUUGGAAGACAUCUAAAUUUCUUCAGUUGGUACUACUAGUCUUUGUCCAGUGAAGAUCCGUUGUUGAGGCUAUCUAAGACCUAAACAGACAAGAAUUAGGAGAAGAGGAAUGAAUCUUGGAGUGAAGAUGGUGCAGAAGAAGAUGGCGGUUCUAUACCAUUAUCCAUGCCAUGACGGUGUCUUCGCCGCCUUGGCCGCUCAUCUCUAUUUCUCAGCAAAUUCAAUCCCUUCGCUUUUCUUCCCCAACACAGUUUACUCUCCAAUCACAACCAGC